AUGGCUGACCUCAUUAUUUCGAAUUUUUCCCAUUUCAAAAAGCAUCUUGAGGAUGGCCUUCAUAGUGUCAGACCAGGCGAAAAUGUUGAGGCCCUUCUUAAAAACAAUGCAAUCUUUAACAAAGAGAAUUUGCCGUCGAGGUGGAAAACGUGCUUCCUAAAACCGACAGAAGGAGGCUAUGGUUAUACGCCAGUAUGGGAAAAUGAUGGAGAAUUGCUUCGUUUGAUUCAGGAAGCUGUUUCGUUCGAUCAUAACAUUCCUCAAGACGUGUACACGGGCCGGGUUGAAGCUACUUAUAGCUUUGGGAGAUGCAUCGGUGUCUAUUCCUCCUUUAGAAAUGGAAUUGAUGCGACUGGGGGCUUCAAAAUAACACCAAUUUAUACAAUAAAAGUGGUCUACAUCCCGACGGAGAGGAAAGAUACUAUCAUUGGAAUAUCAGCUUAUCCCUCGUUCGAUCCGAGGGUAUGA